CUCUCCCCCCCCACCUCCCUCCCCUCCUCCCCGCCCUCCCUCCUCCCGCUCCGCCCGGAGCGCCCUUCUCCCGCCGCCGCCGUUACCGGCGCCGCUCCAGCUCCCGCUACCCAGCGACCAAAGAUCUGACCGCUGACAAAGCCUGACCUGACCCAACGCAGCCCAAGAUGGACACCGGUGUCAUUGAAGGUGGAUUAAAUGUCACGCUCACCAUCCGGCUACUCAUGCAUGGAAAGGAGGUCGGCAGCAUCAUUGGGAAGAAAGGGGAAUCCGUGAAGAAGAUGCGCGAGGAGAGUGGUGCUCGCAUUAACAUCUCAGAAGGGAACUGCCCCGAGCGGAUCAUCACCCUUGCCGGCCCCACCAAUGCCAUCUUCAAAGCUUUUGCGAUGAUCAUUGACAAACUGGAAGAGGACAUCAGCAGCUCCAUGACCAACAGCACGGCUGCCAGCCGGCCCCCGGUCACCCUCCGGCUCGUGGUGCCUGCCAGCCAGUGCGGCUCCCUGAUUGGAAAAGGAGGCUGCAAGAUCAAGGAGAUACGAGAGAGCACAGGGGCACAGGUCCAGGUGGCAGGAGACAUGCUGCCCAACUCGACUGAGCGAGCCAUCACCAUUGCUGGGAUCCCACAGUCCAUCAUUGAGUGCGUCAAACAGAUCUGCGUUGUCAUGCUUGAGUCUCCCCCGAAGGGCGUCACCAUCCCGUACCGACCCAAGCCAUCCAGCUCUCCCGUCAUCUUUGCAGGCGGUCAGGACAGGUACAGCAGCGGCAGUGCGAGCUACCCCCACACCGCCCCAUCCAUGUGCCUCAACUCUGACUUGGAGGGACCACCUCAGGAGGCCACCCGGCAGCCACUGCAUGGCAACGAACUUGGGCCAAUUCCAGCCUGGGCUGCAGUUCUUCCGGCCUAUACCAUUCAAGGACAGUAUGCCAUUCCACAGCCAGAUCUGACCAAGCUGCACCAGUUGGCAAUGCAACAGUCACACUUUCCAAUGUCUCAUGGCAACACUGGAUUCAGUGGCAUUGAAUCCAGCUCUCCAGAGGUGAAAGGCUAUUGGGGUUUGGAUGCUUCUGCUCAAACCACCUCUCAUGAACUCACCAUUCCAAAUGAUUUGAUUGGCUGCAUCAUUGGGCGUCAGGGCGCCAAGAUCAAUGAGAUCCGCCAGAUGUCCGGGGCGCAGAUCAAAAUUGCCAAUCCAGUGGAAGGAUCUACUGACAGGCAGGUUACCAUAACUGGAUCUGCAGCAAGCAUUAGCUUGGCCCAGUAUCUAAUUAAUGUCAGGCUCUCCUCCGAGACCGGGGGCAUGGGAAGCAGCUAGGAGGGCCCCGGCACGGCCUGCGGACCCUCGGCCUCACCUCACCAUCCAUCUGUGUAGUCCCUUAGCAGCAGCCCCAGGUUUUAAACUAGUUUGUAAAUUUUUCGGUUCCUCCCAUUGCUCUCCUCGCCACUCAUCGGAUUCUUUCAGUUUUAUUUCAUUGAUUUUUUGGGGGGUUUUGUUUUUUGUUUUUUUUUUUUUCUCCUCUUCUUCGUCGUCGUCGGUUUAAUUUUUGUUUUCAUUACAGCAUUUAAUUUCCUUUCCGCUCCGCUGCCGAGCGCCCAUCUUAGUUUUAUUAAAGCUUCUCUCUCCCCUCCUCUGCCCCCCCCUGCCCCCCCCCCCCCCCCCUUUUUUCGGCUCAUGAAGUUUCUGUUGGUCACAUUGUUAAAGAGUGGAAGAGCGACAUUUCAGUUUAGUUCUGUAACGUCAGGAGAUUUUUCAGAAAAAAAAACAAAAAAAAAAGAAAUAAUAAUAAUAAAAAAAAGAUGGACUGGAGCUUUUCCUUGUGAAUAGAAACCGGAGGAUAUUUUGGUUAAUGGA